UGACGGAUGAGGAUGAGAGAGAGAGAGAGAGAGAGAGAGAGAGAGAGAGAGAGAGAGAGAGGAUGGAUUAAACUAUUCAUGGUUUAAUAGCCACGACGCGCAUUAGAAAACAUGGACGGGGGAAACUAUGGCUUCCCGCGGGAGUAUUUGGAUCGUUUUGUCCAAAGUCAAGACUCCUCUGUGGUGAACAAGUUCCAGCAGAAGUACUGGAAAACCAAACAGACGCUAAUCAAAGUCACGGGGAAGAAGGAAGACGAGCAUGUGGUCGCCUCGGACGCAGACUUGGAUGCCAAACUCGAGGUGUUUCACUCUGUGCAGAGGACGUGCAUGGAGCUCCUCAAAGUGAUCGAACAGUACCAGAGAAGAAUAUGUUUUUUAUCUCAGGAGGAGAACGAGUUGGGCCGCUUCCUGCGUUCGCAGGGGUCUCAGGACAAAAGCCGAGCGGGGAAGAUCAUGCAGGCUACGGGAAAAGCCCUCUGCUUCUCCUCUCAGCAAAGGCUGGCGUUGCGUGUCCCGCUGUGCCGCCUGUACCAGGAGGUGGAGACGUUUCGUUACAGGGCCAUCUCAGACACGUGGCUGACCGUGAACAGGAUGGAGCAGGCCAGGACGGAGUACCGGGGGGCGCUGCUGUGGAUGAAGGAUGUGUCUCAGGAGCUUGACCCCGACACGCACAAACAGAUGGAGAAAUUCCGCAAGGUUCAGGCGCAGGUGCGUCUCACCAAGACGAGCUUUGACAAGCUGAAGAAUGACGUUUGCCAGAAGGUGGAUUUACUGGGAGCCAGCCGUUGUAACCUGCUUUCUCAUGUUCUCACAAACUACCAGACCACGCUGUUGCAUUUCUGGGAGAAAACAUCUCACACCAUGGCCGCCAUCCACGAGAGCUUCAAAGGCUGCCAGACCUACGAUCUCUCAGCGCUUAAGAUGCUGCAGAAUAAAGGUUCUGAUCAGGGAGCAAAGAAAAGAGUGAAAAAGAAAAACAAGGCAAAAACAGAGGAAGAGGACCAACCAACCACAGAGGACACACUUAUUUCAAUAGAAGAAGAGGAUCUAAAUAAGGACACGAGUCAGUCAGGCCUAGAGGAGGCGCUGUCCAGCAGUGGUCAGGAGAAGGACAGCCUGAGUCUGCUGAGCGAGAUAUUGGGCUCGAGCUCGUUGGAGGAGGGCGAUUUCUCCCGCGAGUGGAGGGAGGUGUUCGGGGAGGAUGAGUGCCUGGACAGCGGAAGCAGCAGUGCUGCCGGACUGUCAGAUGUCCAGCUGGAGGAGGAGAAGGGUUCAUUCUUCCUCCCUUCACGCCUGCUAGACCAGAACAUUCACAACUUGCAGUCUGCAGUCUCAGGCUGGACUAUGGCUAAUCCACAGAGCACCGCCGGCCCAACUGAACAAACGGCUGGAGCCAAUCGGAUCACUUCCAAAUCCACCGCGAGAGACACCCCUGAAACCUUAAAGGAUCGCUCUACGUGGUUCAACCUGUUCGCUGAUCUGGAUCCUCUGACCAACCCGGACGCAGUGGGCAGAACAGACAAGGAGCACGAGCUGCUUAAGGCAUGAACGUCUCCUCAAGCACCUCGUCUAUCGCCGCACAAAGGACAGACGCGUUUGUUGCAUGAAUAUUUCCUUACACUGUAUCAAACAUCCUUCAACCUGGACUGGUCGUUCAGAUUUGUGAGCCAAAGGAAGUCGAAACCAUCGCCUUCUGUAGUUCUUCAUCCUUCUCAUAUCUGUGCCAAUAUUUGUUUUGGCUUCAAGGAAUUCUAUUAUGCGAAUGUGGUAUAAUUUGAGCUACUGAUCAUUUUUUGUUUUUUUGCUUGCGGAGAAGAAAAGGAAGCUCUAGGCCAAAUUCAGGAAAAUGUUUUAAAGGGAAAUUCCACCUGCUUGGCUUCCGUUUCUAGACAGUUCAGUCACUAAGAUUGCGAAUAUAUGAGCAAAGCCAUUCUGAAUAUGUGGUCAUCCAGAGCGGUUUGGUGUGAAAUUCUCCGUUCUGGAGAGUCGGAAUUGUUCACAGUGGUGGUGACAGGAACCCGAUGUCUGAGCCGUUCAAUGCUUCUACGAAAAGCUGAUACACAGGGAGUGUUUGAGGUUUGAAGUGAUGUAAACAUUGGUUUUGUUCGUCUAAUCAAAAACUUUGCCCUUCAAAGUAUUUACUUCAGCUGAAUAAAACCAACCGUUUUUCAGUUUAUCACACACUCAGUAUUUUUUUUUCCAUCCCAUUUUAUCGCUCUUGUCGGGAAAAAAACCUUGUAUGUCUAUUUUUGUCCUUUUUCAGGUUUUGACAUAAUUCGGAAAUACUUGUUGCCUUUUACAUCGUCGGUAAAUUUCAUGAUGAAUGGACUAACAGAAAUGACCCAAAAUGACUUGGACAAAAUCCUGGUUCCAUUGACUUCCAUUAAAAGUAAAGUAGGUUUUUUCCUUCUCCUGUAAAGUCACCAUUUCGGAGAGACGAGAUUUUCUUCCGACAACAGUGAUAUGAAAACCCGCACCCAGGGGACUGUAACGUGAAUCAGAACCUAAAGAAAAUGUAUUUUUCCAGAUUUACAGCUAUUGUGCCAUGUCAGCGUUACGUAUAAAACUCAGAAGCCAUGUGUAGGUUGACUGCUGGUUUUGGAUAGUAGAUAAAAUAGCUGUAUUUGUGCUUCCCUUCACCACCACUGUAAAUAAUCAGAGCAGGUUUCCUCUACGAUGAACUACAGUGGUGUGAAAAAGUGUUUGCCCCCUUCCUCAUUUCCUGUUUUUUUGCAUGUUUGUCACACUUAAGUGUUUCGGAACAUCAAACCAAUUUAAACAAUAGUCA